UGAGCUCUAGGAAAAGCAGACAUGAUGAUACACCAUCCUUAACAAGAUCAUCAGCUGCGAGAGUGAAUCUUUACUUUUCAUCUGAAUGUCAUUCAAUGUUUCCAAAUACCGGACUGUCAAACCAUAAGGACAAAGAGAUUUAUACACAUUUGGAACAACUCGAAGGUAUACAAUGAUUUCCAGCUCAAACUGUUCCUCUACGGAUUCCUUAAUGUCCAGUUGUGCUCAAGAUGUUCUGUGCAACAUCAGUGUUGUGCUAAACCUUAGCCAUGAGGAGAUGGAUGAGUAUUGCCUCGACCAAGAUGAGUACCUGGAGAAACAUCUAGGUCCUCGACGUUCUCCCGUGUUUCUGCCCGUUUGCAUCACCUACCUGAUCAUCUUCCUAGUAGGGGCGGUGGGCAACGUUCUUACGUGCACCGUCAUUGCUCGCAACAAGGUCAUGAGGACACCCACCAACUUCUACUUGUUUAGUUUAGCUGUGUCUGACCUCCUCGUGCUUCUUCUGGGAAUGCCGUUGGAGCUCUACGAAAUGUGGAGUAACUAUCCGUUCCUUUUGGGUAAGGGCGGCUGCUACUUCAAAACCUUCCUGUUUGAGACUGUUUGCUUCGCAUCCAUCCUUAACGUAACAGCGUUGAGCGUGGAGCGCUACAUCGCUGUAGUUCACCCGUUCAGAGCCAAAUACGUUGUGACGUGCACUCACGCCAAGCGGGUGAUCUUGAGCGUGUGGAGCACGUCCAUGUUGUGUGCCGUUCCUAACACCAGCAUCCAUGGCAUGUUUACUCUUCCUCUUCCCAAAGGCAGAGGAACAGGUCACGUGGCCAAUUCUGCCACCUGCAUGCUGGUCAAGCCACGUUGGAUGUACAACCUGAUCAUCCAAAUUACAACACUUCUGUUUUUCCUGCUCCCCAUGCUGACCAUCAGCAUGCUGUAUCUGCUCAUUGGCAUCCAGCUGAAACGAGAGAAGAUGUUGCAGGUCAUGGAUGCAAAAGCCAGCCUGGGGCAAGACAGCUACUCGAAUGUGCGCAGUCAGCAGCAGAAAACACGACGCCAGCAGGUCACUAAAAUGCUGUUUGUACUAGUGGUCAUGUUUGGCAUCUGCUGGGCUCCGUUUCACACCGAUCGCCUGAUGUGGAGCUUCAUGGACCAGCGAUCCAGCGACCACAUGGAAAUCUUUCAGGUGUACGAGUAUGUUCACGUCAUUUCCGGGGUCUUUUUCUACCUUAGCUCGGCUGUCAAUCCCAUCCUGUACAACCUGAUGUCCACCCGCUUCAGGGAGAUGUUUAAAGAGGUGAUGUGUCGUCGUAAAUGGCAUCCAGCCCCGAGGAAACGCUCUCUGAGCAUGACCAGGGUCACUAUGCGCAGCACCGUCAGUGAGAUCCCACCCUGUAAUGGCACAGUUGCUACAGACGGAGAAGACUAAAAUGUAUAUGAAUGCCAGGAAAAUAAGACCACCUCAUCCUAAGAAAACAACAUGAACUUUGAUUGUAUUGUAUUAAGCACUCAUUGCGUUCUCAGUUAAGCUUCUGUAUGCUAAAAGCUGCAAUUCGUAACCUUUGUCUCUCUAUCGUGAUCUAUGUUUGAAACAAUUGUUGGUUCUUUUAUGUACUUAUCUUUGUCUGUUGAAGUCAGCUAACAUCAAACUGACAUUUCCAGAGAAACGUACCAAACUCACCGCUGUGAAAAGGCUGGUGUAGGAAUGACAUAUUUUUGUAGGCAAACCCGGAAGUUAGCUGCACACUAGGUUCUUCGACCGAAAGUGGACGGAUUUUCCCCAUAGACUUCUGAAAGAUCACAAAAAAAUAAGAUCUGUAAUUAACAAAGGUUUAUGAUACUUACACGUUUUGUCUAUCAAGAUCAUCUUUACAAAUUAACGAAGUAUUUGCUAUUUUUGAUUCUACGGUCGCUCGAUAUCAACAUCAGCACCACCAAGCCUCUGACAAACUUUAUUAAAAACCUUUUAUUAUUCCCUAGUAAGUAGGGAUGCAAGAUAGGAUUUUUUUUGGCCGAUACGAUACCGAUUUUAACAAACAACUAUCGUCCGAUACCGAUAAUGAUAUUGGUCAAAUGCAUAGUACUUUACAAUACUAGCUAGCUUUAUUUCUGCAUUAAAUUAAUUUGACUGAACAUGAAUUGGAUCCAUUUAAAAUUUUAAGAGAGGCACAAGUUAAGAUAAAAAUACAAUAAGAUGUGUAAUAAUGUGUAAUGGCUAUAGGCUGUCAGUGUAUGGUUCUUCAACCUCUCCAUGGUAACAGCGACUUCUCUGAUUUGUGGAUUUCUACAGAACACGACUGUUGUAUUGUAUUGACCUACUGCUAUUCAAACCUCUUGUUUGACUAUUUAAAGCUUCUUAUUUUAUUUUAUAUAUCUAUAUAUUUCAUAAAAGUCACAUCCGGUGGCAAUAGAACCUAAUUUACCAUUUAAUGUACUGCCACCGUGGUAGGUCUACAUGUCAUGGUAUGUCAUAAUAACCAUGGCUGGGUUUCCCGAAACCUUCGUAUCACAACGUCGUUCAUAAGAAGAUAUCGCUACCACUCUUAAGGUAUAACUUAAGAAUGACGUAGCGUUAAGGUUUCGGGAAACCCAGCCCAUGACAUUAAAAUUAAA